AUGUAUGCACCAACAUUACUUUGCAAAAAGAUUCAUUCAUUUCUACUCCAAAGAAUAUUUGAAGAGUUAGAUCCCAAGUUAUUCAACGACAUCUCGGUCCCAAAGGAAAGUUGCUUUAUAGAAGAUGGAGUUCAUCCUGCUCAUUAUAAAUGUCGAAUUCCCCAACAAUACUAUAGACCAACCAUAUUAUGUGAAAACCAAGCCUGGUUAUUCUACAACCUCUUCCAUGUGGUUGAGCACUUACCACUAAGUGAUCUGAAUUACCAACUUAUAGUUUAUUUAUUAGAACACAGAAUGUUAUAUCUUAAAAAAGAAAGCAUAAGCGAUAUCACCAGAGAAGAUAUUUUGGAUGCCUUUACAUAUGUUAUUCAAAACGCUGAUCCGGAAACCCUCAUAUUUGGUGAGUUGAAGGCUGGUUUUAUAGUAUUCCUUAAUGGAGACCGUUUGCUUGAACAUUUCGUUGAUCAGAUUUUAUACUUUAUUGAAAAGGUUAAGAUGACAAAACAUGGUUUAGAUAAUGCUUUGUCAAUGGCUUCGGCUUUCAAUGUUUUCAUGUAUCCCAAGUUCCAUGAAAGAAUAAAGAAAUUACCAUUUGAAGAAUUUAAUUUACUAGAGGAUUUUACCUUGUACUAUAUUUAUAAAUUUCUACUAGAUAAAGAUCACAAAUAUCCCCUUAUUGAUGACAUCACUUUACAGUAUGCAACCCAAACACAAAAAGCUAUUAGUGAAGAAACUGCCCUAGAGUUAUCACUUGCAAUAAUUGAUCUCGUUACUUUGGUCCCGAUUGAAUCAGAGCCAACAAUGGAUUGGCUAAGUAUUUGUCUUCAAGAGUAUGAGAAACGGUUGGGUACAUUUGAAAGCCGCUGGCUGCAAACUUCUAGUAAAACAUCUUGA